AUGUCGGAUGUGUCGAACUCCUUCUCAGCUUGGGAGACCGUGCCGGAGGACGAACCUCCGCUGUGCAUCACAGUUCGACGCCCAGAGUCACUUCCACGCCUCUAUGAUGCGGUAGCUUGUGUGAAAUUCGGAAUGCUAUCGGAUGCGAAAGACCUGGCCGAUUUACUAAAAAUGGUUGCAGAAAAAGGGAAAGAGAUUGAAACGAAUCAGCAAUACUUGGAUAGUCUUGCGGAGCUCAUUCGUCAAGGUAUCGAGGCUGCAAACGAGGAUCUUAAGAAAGAGAACGACUUGCGACUCCAACAGGAGGGUGUUAUCCGCCAAUUGCCAAUAAUGGGCUCAUUGGUGAACUGGUGGUCUCCAUUGGAAAAAGAUGGACGCAUUCGUGGUCGAUUCUUCAACUUGAACACAGGCGAAAUUCAAACAACGGACGUCAUAUACAAACAUAAGAGAGAAUCUCAUGCCACUAGUCAUGGAGUAAAAUCUCGUGUUCCAGGCGAAUCAAAAAAUGAACAGAAAGAUAAGGAUGUGGAAUUACCCAAUCAGGAAAUUACCGCGGAAAAACCUACCGUUGAACAACCAACAUCCAUAGAAGAAAAGUAG